CUAUUAGCCUAGGUACUACCUUAUCACAGCAUAUCUAAAUUGGGUAUGCAUCACAAACCCAGAAAAUCGAGGGUGGAAAUAGCAAACCUUUGAAGGAAUAGGAAAUCCGCAUGUAGCAGAAGAAGGUGUUAACGGGAAAGCUAUCAAUGAUUGAGAGGUACCUGCUUGGGGUAGUUUCUUGCAGUUUCCAACGGGGAAACUGUAGAAGCACAAAAACUAAAAGAAACAUUAUUGCUAAAACGUCAACCGUGCUUGUCGUUUUGGGCCGCCGCUUGCCCUCUAAAACCCUAGCUCCAUGUUCAGAAAAACCCCUCUGUUUCAGAAUAUAUGUUAAAAGCUUGACCUUUUGGCCAAAACCGAAAAGCCCUAGAGACAAAAUCCGUUUCGGCGAUGGCUUCGCUCGCCAGCAUCGCGCUGGAGACUCUCUCAGCCUCCAGUCGUAGCUCUGAGAAGCUCAGACUGCCAGCUCUACAAUCAAAAAUGAAGACCGACCCGGAAGGUUAUCAAGCGGAACUCCAACUUAUCCUCAGCCAAUUCAGCUCAUCUCUCGUGCACUUCCAGCAGCAAGCCGCUCUCAACUUCAAUUCAAUCACUGGUGUCGGUGCGGACCCUACCAUGGCCAAGGAUCUUGGGGAUUUUGCCAUGUUCUUGGCCCAUGUCACGCCGUUUUAUCCCAAACAGCUUAAUGAAUUUCCCAAAGAGCUUGUUGCGUUUCUUACAUCUUCGGCGAGGACCCUUCCUUCGGGUCUCAGAUGCAAUAUCGCCCAAGCUCUGAUUCUUCUCGUUAACCGUAAGAUAAUCGAUCUAAGUGAAACUCUGUCAUUGUUCAUGGAGCUGCAGACUCUUGGUGAUAGGAACAUGAGGAAAUUGGCUUUUUCGCAUGUGGUUCAUAGUAUUAGGCGUAUGAAUAAGAAGCAUAAGAAUGAGGCAAAGAAUAAAGCUCUCCAACAUAUCUUGUUUGAAAUGUUGAAGCAAGAGGAUGAAGCAAGAGCCAAAAGAUCUCUGGUUACACUAUGUGAGCUAUACCGAAGAAAGGUGUGGUCAGAUGAUAGAACAGCAGAAGCAAUUUGUUAUGCAUGCUUUCAUUCAUCAUCAAGGAUAAUGAUUUCUGCUCUUUUGUUUCUCCUUGAUUACGAGAAGAUUGAAAAUGAUGAUGAUGAUGAUAGUGAUGCUUCUAGUAGUGAAGAUGAAACAACACAAUCACCUCAAGUUGUGAUAAGUAAAGAGGCCAUGUACAAGGCACACCAUAAGGGUACAGCUGCUAGCAAGAAGAAGAAGAAAGCUAAACUACAACGUGCAAUCCGUAGCAUGAAAAGGCAGCAACGGAUGUCGUCAGAAAGCAGCACUUAUAUUUAUAAUUCACCUCUUAACUAUCUAAAAAAUCCACAGGGAUUUGCUGAAAGUUUAUUCUCCAUUCUUAGAACUUGCAAUGAACGAUUUGAGGUUAAAAUGAUGAUGUUGAAAGUGAUUGCUAGAACAAUAGGGCUCCACCGCCUGAUUUUAUUGGAUUUUUAUCGUUUCCUUCAGAAGUAUGUUCAGCCACAUCAAAAAGAAAUCACGAGUUUACUUGCAGCAGCAGUUCAGGCCUGCCAUGAUAUGGUCCCUCCUGAAGCAGUUCAAGACUUAUUUAAGCAACUAGUUAAUCAAUUUGUGCAUGAUCGUUCACGUCCAGAGGUUAUCGCUGUUGGACUAAAUGUUAUCAGGGAAAUAUGUCUUCGAAUGCCUUUGUUGAUGACAGAAGAAUUGUUGCAAGAUCUUGCUUUAUAUAAGAAAUCACAUGAGAAGGCAGUUUCAGCUGCAUCUCGUUCACUCAUUGCAUUGUUUAGACAGGUUUGUCCUUCGCUGCUGGUUAAGAAGGACCGAGGGCGUCCAAUAGACCCAAAGGCAAGGCCAAGAGCAUUUGGAGAAGCUAAUGUCCUCACCAAUGUACCUGGUGCUGAGUUAUUACAACAGGAUAUUAAAAACGAUGACAGUGAAGAUGGGGAUGACAGUGAUGAGAUUACAUCAAUGAAUUCUGAUGAUGAUCUUGAUGAGAAUGAGAAUUUUGCUUCCAGUGAUGAUGAACUAGAAGACCAACUACAUGGUUAUAAUAAUGAAGGUAAAGAUGAUGAUCUAGUAGAAGAAGAAGAAGAAGAAGACGAUGAUGAUGAUGAAAAUGAGGAUGACAGUGAUAUAAGUCUUGAUGCUGAUGAAGAAGAGGAAGACGGAAGUGUUGAUGCAGAGGAGGUGGAAGCUGAAGAAGAUGAGGAACAUGAAACAAAUGACAAUGCCAUUGAAGACGGUGGACAGGAAUUGACCAAAUCUAAAGCAAGAAAGAGAAAAAUCUCAGAUUUUGAUGGUCAACUUGUUGCUGCUGAUACAAGUCUUCGAGCUCUGAAGAGGUUGGCAGAAGCGAAAUUGGGUGGGCCCACAUCAGACUCAACAGAUGGUAUUCUUUCUAAUGAGGAUUUCCAGAGGAUCAAAGAACUAAAGGCAAAGAAGGAGGCAAAGAUUGCUUUAGCUCAACAAGGGUUUAAGGUUCCAAGUUCUGAACAACUGAGUGUUAAACGAGUCGAUCCUGCAAUGCUUGAAGCACAUAUUCGACAUAAGCUCACCAAGGAGGAAAGACUUGCACUAGUGAGAGCAGGAAGGGAGGACAGGGAGAAGUACCAGGCUCGAACUGCUGUAAAACAGAAAAAGAUUAAGAAGAAAUUAUAGGGAUUACAAUUUUCCUUUUUUGUCUUUUUAAUUCUUCCUUUUUGGUGUUCAGAUAUACUGAGGUUGCAAAGUGCAAAGACCGAAAAUACAUUUUGCACGAAAAU